AUGGGCAACGAAUCAGAUGAAGACCAUAACAAGCGAACAGUAUGGACAGUGGCUGAUGAUAAGCUCCUUGCAGCGGCCUAUACAAUUAUGAGUGAAGAUUCAGUAGUUGGUAAUGCGCAGAAGAGUGAGUCAUUUUGGAAACAAGUUGUGACAUAUUUCAAUACCAAUCGAGCUAAGGGAGCUAAAAAGAGAACUGCGGAGAAAGCAAAAUCACAUUCGGCUUCAUUAAAAAAGAUCGUAAAUAGAUACAAUGGAAUCUACAAUAAAUGGUAUAAUGAUCGACCAAGCGGAUGGAGUGAUGAGGAUUUGAUGGUGCGAGCUCAUGAAGAAUACAGGAAUCAACGGGCUAUAAAAAAAGCAAGAACAUCAGAAUCAUCAGGUGCACAUACUGACUCUUCUAAUUCUAACAUAACUGCUGAUAUAGAUGAUAGAGAAAUCCGAUCUCAUCCAAUGGGACAGAAGACAGCAAAGAGGAAAGACAGAGAAAGAGUAGGCUUACUUGAUGAAUUGAAUCAGGCUAUGCAACAAUCAAUGGUGCUUUUGGAAGAGUAUAAUAACAAUAAGAAAGUUGAUCAACUCAUCCAAGCACAUCAACUCCUCGUAAUGGACACACGAGGCAUGACUGAUGAACAACUUCAAAAUCAUCUAGCAAUAUGUGAACAACUGAAGAAAAAAUUAAACAUGUAG